AUGACCAAAUCGCAAGCAGAAACACAACAUUACUCCAAAUACAUUCCUAAUGCACCGGAAGAUAACCGAUCCAUUGCCGUGAGAAGCGACUUGGAAUACGGGAAACUCACCUCAGAUAAACAUUUAUAUGUUUCCAAACACCCAGUUAAUGAGCCGUUGCCAACUCCAAUCGACGACGACCCACCGUAUGUAAUAUAUUUAUCAACCUAUUUAAAUUUCCUCAUAUUAAUCAUAAUCGGCCACAUUCGAGACUUUUUUGGCAAAAUCUUUAAGCCGCAGGAGUAUAGCCAUUUGGUUGAAAAAGAUGGCUAUGCACCAUGGUACGAUGGGUUCGAGUCGUUCUAUGUCAGGAGAUUGAAAACAAGAAUCGACGAUUGCUUUGCCAGGCCAAUACACGGAGCACCUGGCAGGUUUAUCAAGUGCUUCAACAGAAUCAGAGAAGGUAAGACUGGUUAUUUAUACGAUGGAACGUCAAGAGAAUGUCUCAACUUGUCCUCGUACAAUUAUCUUGGCUUUGCCCAAAGUAGCGGAGUUUGCACCGAUUUUGCAUUGAAAUGUGUUGAUGAAUAUGGCACUUCAGCUUGCUCACCAAGAAGUUAUUGUGGUACCACGGACUUGCAUCGUGAAUGUGAAAGAGUUGUCGCGGAUUUUGUUGGCAAAGAAGAUGCGAUAAUUGUAAGUCAAGGUUAUGGUACAAAUGCAAAUUUUUUCGCUUCUAUAGCCGAUUCCAAAACUUUGGUGAUAUCAGACGAGUUGAAUCACGCCUCGAUUCGAUUCGGUAUAAGAUUAUCGGGCGCCAUAGUUAAAGUUUACAAACACAAUGAUAUGAAAGACUUGGAAAACUUGAUACGAAACCAAAUUGCCCAAGGCCAACCAAAGACCCACAGGCCAUGGAAGAAAAUCAUUAUUGCAGUUGAAGGUUUGUACUCAAUGGAGGGUAAUAUGUGCAAUUUACCGGAGUUGGUUGAAAUCAAGGAAAAAUACAAAUGUUAUUUAUUUGUUGACGAAGCUCACUCAAUUGGCGCAUUGGGACCCGAGGGCAGAGGCGUGUGCGACUACUUUUCAGUUGAUCCUGCUCGCAUUGAUGUAUUGAUGGGUACUUUUACCAAGUCAUUCGGGGCAACUGGUGGCUACAUCGCAGGUGACAGCUAUGUCAUUGAGAAAUUGAGAGUCAACUACAUCACCCAAGGUUACAGUGAAAGUGUCCCACCACCGGUCUUGGGCCAAAUCAUCUCAUCAUUAAAUGUCAUCAAGGGUAAAUUCAACCCUGGAGAAGGUAAAGAACGGUUACAGAGGAUUGCAUUCAACUCGAGAUACUUGAGAUUGGGAUUGAAGAAACUUGGAUUCAUCGUCUAUGGUGCUGACGAUUCCCCAGUGAUACCACUCUUGUUAUUUUUACCAUCCAAAAUGCCCGCGCUUUCUCGAAUGUUGUACGACUUGGGAAUAGCCGUGGUUAUUGUGAGUUAUCCAGCUACACCCUUGAUAAGUGCAAGAGCAAGAUUCUGCGUCUCUUCGGCAUUGACAAAAGAGGACUUGGACUAUGUUCUUACCAAAUUGAGCGAAGUUGGCGAUUUAAUCUAUUUAAAGUUCAGCAGUGGAAUAGCUGGUGGAUGUAAAGUGCCAGGCGAGCCACCUCGUUGGAGUAUCGAAGAUGUAUUGGCAACCAAUGUUGAAGACUGUAAAAAGUCAAAGUUGUUAUAG